AUGUGGGAGGAAAACAUGGAUUCUAUCAUUGCAGUAAAUAAACCAGCAAGUAUAAUAUCAAUAUAUAACCCUAUAUACCAGAACGCAUCAGACGCUGUGGACAAUGUAACUGUUUGUGACAACGGCCUGUCUACUGCUCACACUAACAACGAAAUCAAUCCAUGGAUAAAAAUAGACUUGCAGAACAUGUUUGAUGUUCUUGAAGUUCUUGUCUACAACAGGCAAGACACAUAUGGGAAAAGACUGCAUGACCUACUCAUAAACGUGGAUGAAAACUAUUGUGGUUUCUUCAAAGGACCCGCCGCUAAUGGAGACCGUAUACUUUUUCUCUGUUCGUCUGGAAGUAGAGGGAGGAUCGUCACACUCAUGAUCAAAAGCAAAGAGGGAGAAGAAGACAUUUUAAGUGUGUGCGAAGUACAAAUAUUUGUCAUUUUAUAAGAAUCCAUGUAAGAUUCAUUCGGCUUAAAUAUCUAGGUAUGCACUAGAA